AUGUCCCGAACCCGACCACAGAGGGAGGUGCAUCACGGCCGCGAGAAGGCCAGGGACAGAGCUUCACGGCAGACAAAGGGCGCCGCCAUGUUAGAGCCGGGCGGAACCGACCUCGCCGGCUUCCCGGCACUGACUUCCGUCGCCGGCACAGCGCUUCCCUACGUGCGCGACCGCCGACAGGCGCAUGCGCCUACCCAGCCCAAAGUUCUCCGCAUGCAGUCGGCCGGCCCCCACAAGGCUGUCCCCACAGCUCACAUCACUGUCGUUAUUGACUGUGCCACUGGGAAGCAAGUCUCCCUGGCGGCACCCCCAGUACCAGCCCAGGCAUCAAGGCCCAGCCAGGGACGUGUCACUCCGCCCAUGAAGACUUUUGUUAUGUUCUAUGGAGAAAACACGCUGCGUGGGACUCAAGACUUUCCGCUCAGUUGCAGGCCUCUUGCCAGGACCAGGGAUACCAUGCCAGCCGUGCCAUCCGACAGAAGACUCCCGGCUCUAGCUCCCCCGACCAGCCCGCCGAGUACUCAGGACGAUCCUCAAGUCAAAAGCAGCUCCUUGAAGCCUGGAGCUACUGAAAGGCACGCAGCUUGGGACACAGUUAAAUGCUCACUCCAGGCGCUCUCUUCCUGUGUCUGUGGGCAGGCUGAGUAG